AUGAAGGAAAUUAACACCGAUGCCCUCCCACCACCAGAGCCUGCAAUUGGAAUCAUAAAUGACAGCAUCACACCCUUGCACAAGGUACACUACAAACAUUUCAACGCUAAUCACACAACACAUGACAAACAUGAGGAACACUGUGGUGUUCAGAAGUUCACAUCUACUCAAUCAAGCCACAACGCAGUCAAGGAACCACCAAGAGAUAGAGCUCUAGAGGAUGUGUUAUUAUCUACUCCGACAAACCAGAACGCCGUCAAGGCGGAGUUACUGGUGGGAAAGCUGCAGGAAGAGUUGUUGGCUGGAGAGACAGCCCAACAGGGAAAGUGGGGGGACAAAACUGACAAAUCAAACCUGCAACACAUGGAGGUGUUGAUGACUUGGCUGGCGAGGAGGCAAAUUAGGAUUGCGAAGUUCGUCAACGCUCCGGGAAGGACGUGGGUGCAAGACACAGACACGGUCUACGUCCCUAUGAAUCUAGACAACAAGCAUUGGGUGGGCCUAGCGAUAAACAUUAGCGUCGGCUGCAUCGAAGUACUAGAUCCUAACACAGACUUCUUGAAGACCAACCAAAACUUGGACAAGUACCUCAAACCACUGCUGGGCAUGAUUUCUUAUGUUGUUCACAAAAUUUGCCCCCAAACAUCGCAGCCAAAGGGACCGGAACCCUACGCUUGGAAAUGCAUAAAGGAUCUAUACAUGAACCUCCGGUGUAGAGACUGCGGCCCGGUGGCAAUCAAAUUCAUGGAGAUGCACGCUGCAGGAGACCCUGAGCCACACAAGGUCGGAUUAACAGACGAGAUGGUCACAUAUCUAAGGAGGGAAUACACACUUGAUUUGUACAAGGAGCUGAUAAUCCCUCUCUACUUCUGA